AUGGAUCGUGAGUAUGAAGAGGUGAUUGCCAACCAGCCCGUGGUCAUCGAUAAUGGCUCGGGCAUGAUCAAGGCUGGCUUCGCCGGGGAUGAUGAUGUCAAGCUGGUCCACCCCUCCUUUGUGGGGAGGCCCAAGCACCAGCGGGUCAUGGCCGGCGCCGCGGAGGGCGACACUGGGGACAUCUUCGUGGGCGAGCGCGCCGAGAAGUUCCGGGGGAUUCUGUCGCUGAAGUAUCCCAUGGAGCACGGCAUUGUUCAGCACUGGGAUGACAUGGAGCUCAUUUGGCGCCACGUCUACUCCGAGAUGAAGGUUAAUGCAGAGGAGCAUCCUGUCCUCCUCACAGAGGCUCCGCUGAAUCCGCGGAAGAACCGCGAGAAGGCGGCAGAAAUCUUCUUUGAGACCUUUGGCUGUCCGGCACUCUUUGUCUCUGCGCAGGCGAUCCUAUCCCUGUACGCCAGCGGCAGAACAACCGGUGUUGUCUUGGACUCGGGCGACGGUGUCACCCAUGCGGUGCCGGUGUACGAGGGCUUCGCGCUUCCCCAUGCGGCAGGGUUCUUAGUUGUGCUGAUGCUACGCCGCUACGCCAAAAUGAGUUUGUUUCGCAACCUUUUUCCGGUUGGCCGACAAAACACUCAACUGUUUUUUUCUUGA